UUAUUCUCCUCUAUGUGCAGUUUCUACAAUUUCUUUGAAAACACGUUUUGUUUGUUUACUAGUGUGAUAACAUUUGCAGUUAUUUACUUACAUCUUCAUCACGCGAUGGUUUUCUAAUGGACCAGACUUAGCAGAAGUUGAACUUUUUGAUUGAAGAAUCAAAAUGGCACCACCGGAUCCAGUGACACAAAUGAACACGUACAGAUCGUACGUGACCAUGCUGGCCGAUCCAGUUUCAAAAGACGAAUUGAAACUGAAGGCCGCUCAAGAAUUGUCGGAAAAUUUUGAGGUCAUCAUGUGUUCCUCUCAAUAUCCGGCAUUUCUUGACCAUAUGAUGAAAAUUUUUCUAAAGAUACUUCAAGAGGGGGAACCACACUUUAUAUCGGAGUACAACAUUCAGCAAGUGAGGAAGUUGAUAUUAGAAAUGAUACACAGAUUACCUAGUAACGAUUACCUGCGUCCGUAUGUGAAGCAAAUCUUGAGUCUGAUGUCGAAAUUAUUAGAGACCGAUAACGAGGAGAAUGUUUUGGUCUGCCUGAGGAUCAUUAUCGAGCUGCAUAAGCAAUACAAACCGACCUUUAAUCCGGAAAUACAAUAUUUUUUGCAAUUCGUUAAAUCGGUGUAUAGCGAGUUACCAAAGAACCUACCAAAAAUAUUCGAGCCUCGGCCACCCCUCAGAGUGAAGGAUUUGUCGGAAAUAAAUAUAGAGGCACUUUUAAAAGAGACAUUCACGAUCACGGCUAUACAGAGCGAGAAGAAAGCAGCAGAUGGCACUGUCUAUAAUCUGAUUCCCAAGGCAGUAUUGUCACUCAAAGUACUGCAAGAAUUACCUAUCAUAGUUGUGCUUAUGAAUCAGCUGUAUAAGCAAAACGUGCACCAGGAUGUCUCUGAUUUCAUCCCCCUAGUGAUAACAACUAUAACUUUGCAACCGAGUCCUCAGCAUCGAGCAUCCCCUGGAUUCAAUAAAGAGGUCUUCGUCGAUUUCAUGGGUGCACAGAUCAAAACACUAUCAUUUUUGGCGUACGUUAUCAGGGUCUAUCAAGAUGUCGUGUCUCAGCACAGUUCGAUAUUGGUGAAAGGAAUCCUAGGUUUGUUCACACUGUGCCCCAUGGAAGUGGCACACCUACGAAAAGAGCUAGUAAUCGCGUCGAGGCACAUAUUGGCUACGGAUCUUCGAAAUAAAUUUAUACCACAUAUGGAGUGCUUUUUCGAUGAAGAUAUAUUUAUUGGACGAGGCUGGACCACUCAUGAAUCCCUCAGACCGCUGGCAUACUCGACACUCGCGGAUCUAGUUCACCAUGUUAGAUUGUUGUUACCAUUGAGCGAUGUAUCUAGAGCUGUGCAUCUUUAUAGUAAGAAUUUGUUGGAUCAGAGUCUUCCAACAGCUGUCCAGAUGGUUUCUUGUAAAUUGUUGAUGAACCUAGUGGACACUGUGAGGCAAAGAUCCGACGCUGAGAACAGUACUCAGGGUAGGGAACUGUUGAUGCGAAUUCUCUUGGUAUUUGUCUUAAAAUUCAAAACGAUAGCGAAGAUCUAUAUACCAAUUCUGCGUAACAAGGCUAAGCAGAUGACGCCUCCUGGCUUGGACAUCAAGACGGAAGACGUGAAACCGGUUGUCCCGGAUCUAACCGAGGAGAAGGAAACAGGGAAGUCGAAAUUCGGAUUUCCUUCUUCCCAAGCUAUGAGCUACAACGUUGCCGAUUAUAGAAACUUGGUGAAAAGUCUGGUACACGGUGCGAAAGCUAUCACAGCGAAUUGUAUCAAUAGUAAAACGGGUGAAGUGACGCAGGCUAAUCAGUUCCAGACGAAAGAGACUCUUGUGUAUAUUAAAUUGGUAAAGUGGGCAUUGCCAGCGUUGGAUAUUUAUACGAUAGGUCCUCCUACGAUUGGGGCUGUCGCGCAACAGGGUAGGCCAGCCCAGUCUCAAACGAUACGAACUAGAGAAGAGAAAGAAGUGCUAGAACUUUUUGGAAACGUUUUUACUCAGAUGAAUCCGCAGACAUUCCAGGAAAUAUUCUCGACCUCCAUCGACUAUAUGGUUGAGAGGAUCUUCAAGAAUUGUGCGUUACAAAUCAUCGGAAGUGCCUUCCUAUCUAGUCCCACGAUAUCGUCCACAUUUGCAACGAUAUUAGUCGAAUAUUUAUUAGAGAGAAUGGGUGACAUGGGAUCCAACGUGGAAAGAAGCAAUUUGUACUUAAGACUUUUUAAAUUAGUUUUCGGCAGUGUGUCGCUUUUCCCCGCUGAAAAUGAACACAUGCUGAGGCCACAUUUAAACCAAAUCGUCAAUCGAGCUAUAGAAUUAGCCAUGUCAGCGAAAGAACCCUAUAACUAUUUUCUUUUAUUGAGAGCUCUUUUCAGAUCUAUCGGCGGUGGUUCUCAUGAUCUCUUGUAUCAAGAAUUCUUACCCUUACUUCCGAAUAUGUUGGAAGGCUUGAAUAGACUGCAGUCUGGUUUACACAGACAACAUAUGAAAGACCUGUUCGUUGAACUAUGCCUGACAGUUCCUGUGAGACUCAGCUCGCUUCUACCUUAUUUACCGAUGCUAAUGGACCCACUGGUUUCAGCUUUAAACGGAAGUUACUGCUUGGUUAGUCAAGGAUUACGAACCCUCGAGUUAUGUGUAGACAAUCUUCAGCCUGAUUUCCUGUAUGAACACAUACAACCUGUACGAGCUGACUUAAUGCAAGCACUUUGGCGGACUUUGCAUAAUCCCACUGAUCAAGCCCACGUAGCAUUUCGAGUUUUGGGCAAAUUCGGCGGUGGCAAUCGGAAGAUGAUGAUCGAACCACAAAAAUUGGAAUAUAACGAUCGGGAAACGAAUUCACCAGCUAUCGUCGUCUAUUUUCAGGAACCUACGAAACCAAUCGAUUUUCCCGUAGAGAAAGUAAUCGAGACCGCAUUCAAUGCCUUAAAGUCUAAUAGUACUGACUCAUUUUAUCGUAGACAAUGUUGGGAAGUGAUUAGUUGCUAUUUAGCUGCGUCACUACGAUUGGACGACACCAAUGCUAUUUUACAUAAAUUAUUUAUGCAUCCUAGUUUCAAAGAGGGUAAAAUUUCCCAUCAACGAGGACCUCAUUAUCAGUGUCCAGACACUGUUGCUAGAAACGUUCAACAAACUGCUUUGACCGGUUUGUUCGUUGCCGCAGAGAUCAAAGAAUUGAGGCAUUCUGUAUUAGGCACUGUGGUGUCGAUAGUGAGGCAUUACACUAUGGUGGCCAUAGCGCAACAAGCUGGUCCAUUUUGUUUAACUGGGAGACAGAUUCGUAUGCAAGGACAAGAUCCUCUCGUGUUAAUUGAUGCUCUGGCUGUUAUAAUGGGACACGAAGAGAAAGAAUUAUACAAAUCCGGACAUCUAGCCUUAGUUCUAAUUCUUGAAACUGCAACCAACAUUCUUGGCUCAAAGGAACGAGCAUGUCAGUUACCUCUAAUGGAAUACUUGGCAGAGAAGAUGUGUUCCCUAUGCUACGAACGUGCCUGGUACGCGAAAUUAGGCGGCUGCAUCGCUAUUAAGUUUUUGUUUGAGAGAAUGGCGACUAAGUGGGUGCUCAAUCAUCUGUUUGUGUUUCUGAAGGCUCUAAUGUUUGUCAUGAUGGAUCUGACCGAAGAAGUAUCGAACGGUGCUAUAGAUAUGGCCAAGGCAAACUUGGAGAAAAUGCUGAGAGUUUGUGUGAAUCCUGGCAUUCAGGACGGGAAUACGGAAUUGAUAGAGGCACAGAACAAAAGUCUGUACGAAGUUACUCAUGAAUUAGUAAGGCAAGUGACUUCGCCACACACUCUUGUACGAGAACAGGCUAUGUCUUCGUUACGAUUGCUCGCUGAAAUACAGAACAAAACGGUCACUGAAGUAAUGGAACCGCAUAAGGAGGUCCUGGCAGACAUGAUCCCACCCAAGAAACAUUUGCUUAGACAUCAACCGGCGAAUGCUCAGAUCGGUUUGAUAGAUGGAAACACGUUUUGUACCACGUUGAAUCCACGUCUCUUCACAAUCGAUUUAACAGAACACGAUGUGUUCUUUCAGGAACUUUUAGCACUCAGCGAGGCAGAGGAUGCCAAUCUCAAUAAACUACCUUGCUACAAAUCCGUCUCGAACCUCAUACCUCUCAGGAAAUCGGCUCUGAGAGCUUUAGCUGCCUGUCAUUACAUCGUGGCCUGUCGUGAAAGGAUUUUUGGUGUUUUGUACAAAGCUUUGGAGAAACCGAACGCAGAGUUACAAGAAGCAGCCUUUGAAUGCAUGCAGAAGUUUAUAGCUGGUUUCCAAAUUGACAUGCAAUCCGUCCACGCCAUUAUGCGUUUUCCUGCUGCCACUCCGAUAUUCAUCGACAUUCUAUGUAGACUCGUUUUGCAAACAGAGAAAUCACUAAUGGUGGAAGUGUCCAGUCCAUUCCGUAUUCCUUUGAUGAAGUUCUUACUGCGAUACCCCACGGAAACGUUGAAUUUAUUUUUACACGAUAACAACAUCAAGGAUCAACAAUGGAGCAGAUACUUGGAGUUUCUCAUUAAACAGAAAGAUGGAAAGCCAUUUCGUGAUGUAUUGCAGGGUAGCACAACGAGAUUAAUAACCAUGCUACUCGCACAUUCUCAGACUAGUUCGAACCUAAGCCAUAACGAAAAGAGCGAACUUCAGCAUCAAGCUAUCAAAAUUAUUGCUAUCCUGAUUAAAUUCGACGAGCAAUGGCUCUCAACACAGAGUCAAUUGGUAGGUGCGUUAAAACAGAUUUGGUGCAACGACGAUUAUCAAGCUUUGCACAAGAAAGUGGAAAGCGUAGAGUAUUGUCACUGGAAAGAACCCAAACUUAUCGUGAAAAUCUUAUUACACUAUUUCCGCCAUCAUCCAAACGACAUUGAUUUAUUAUUUCAAUUAUUGAGAGCAACUUGCGACAGAUUUAUUCCUGAUUUUCAAUUCUUACGAGACUUCUUGGAACACACUGUGGCACAAGAAUAUACAGUCGAAUGGAAACGAAGCGCUUUCUUCAGAUUCGUCGAUCAUUUCCCAACGAAUAAUUUAUCUCAGGAAUUAAAAGCCAAUGUGUUGCAAUUAAUUAUAAUUCCUUGCUUUGCCGUAAGUUUCGAACGAGGUGAGGGCACGAAAUUAAUCGGAGGAGCGCCCAUGCCUUAUCAAGACAAUCCAGAAAACGUCGUUUCUGUAUUCAUCAGCAAAAUCAUUGAUCCGGACAAUCCAUUUGGUUCUGCGGAUUGUGUUCGUAUCUCGUUACUGCAAUUUUCUUGUCUUUUAGUGGAACAGGCUUCUCAACAUAUCCACGAUGUCAGUAAUAAAAGACAAGGUAAUAAAUUGAGAAGACUGAUGACUUUUGCGUGGCCCUGUCUUUUAGGCAAAAACUGCGUUGAUCCUACGACAAGGUACCAUGGUCACUUGCUACUCAGUCACAUAAUCGCCAAGUUCGCCAUACAUAAAAGGAUAGUUCUACAAGUUUUUCACAGUCUUCUGAAAGCUCAUGCAUUAGACGCGAGAAACGUGGUGAGACAAGCGUUGGAAAUUCUAACUCCUGCUAUGCCUGUCAGAAUGGAAGAUGGUAACACGAUGCUGACACACUGGACUAAGAAGAUCAUCGUGGAAGAGGGACAUUCUAUGCAACAAUUGUUCCAUAUUCUUCAGCUGGUAGUCAGGCACUAUAAAGUAUACUAUCCCGUUAGACAUCACCUGGUUCAGCAUAUAGUGAACUCGAUUCAGAGACUAGGGUUCAGUCCAACUGCCACCAUAGAACACAGAAGAUUAGCUGUUGAGCUAGCAGAAGUGAUCAUCAAAUGGGAAUUACACAGAAUCAAAGACGAAGUAGAAAGCAACGAAUCUGGUGGUAACAAAACAAUCAUGGGAUCCAUAAAAAGACCUAUGAACGAAGAUCCAACUGGAACCAAACGUAUGACCACACAAGCAGCAACGGGAAGUGCCACAGUUCCAGUUAUCUUGCCCAGAAUGGAACCAGGAUCCACGAAACCCAUCGAAAGGGCUCACGCUGAUGCAAUUUUGAAUUUCCUGCUUCGUUUGGCUUGUCAGGUGAACGAUGUUACCACGAUUCAUGGCAACCCAGGUGAACAACUUUCUAGACGUUGCGUGGCUUUGUUGAAAAUGGCAUUGAAACCCGACGUCUGGCCACAAUCGUGUGAUCUCAAGUUGGCCUGGCUAGAUAAAGUUCUGGCUAGCGUAGACAGUGCUCAACCUAAUUAUGGUAAUAUCUCCACAGCUUUAGAGGUCCUGACAUUUCUUUUGGGUGUCAUGAAAAGGGAGCAGAUUUUGGCAAGUUUUAAGCCUUUGCAACGAGGCAUAGGUACCUGUAUAGCAAGUAGCAAUACCAAAGUUAUUCGUUUGGUUCACGGAUUAUUAUCUCGUUUGAUGACCAUAUUCCCGGCAGAGCCAACUUCCUCGACAGUUGCUUCUAAGUACGAGGAAUUGGACACUUUGUACACUACUGUUGGUAAAUUUAUCGUGGAUGGCUUGGCGACAUACGAGAAGAACACUACAGCUACUCCAAGCACGUUAUUUGGCACGUUGAUGAUGUUGAAGGCAGCCUGUACAAAUAAUCCGAGUUACAUCGAUCGGCUUAUAACACCUUUCAUGAGAGUUCUUCACAGAAUGGCCAAGGACCACUUGCAUUCGGCUCAAGCAGAGGCCAAUCCAGUUGGUAGCGAAUUGUUAAUCUUAAGUUUAGAUCUGGUGAAGAAUCGCGUAGUUGUGAUGGGCGUGGAAAUGAGGAAGACAUUCAUAGGCUCGAUUCUAGUCGGAUUAAUCGAGAAAACGCAAGAUAUAAAGGUGAUGAAGGCGAUCACAAAGAUGCUCGAGGAGUGGAUGAAAAGUAAGAACCCUAUCGCGAUAAACCAAGCGCCUAGCUUACGAGAAAAGUCGAUUCUUCUUGUAAAAAUGAUGCAGUAUGUGGAGAAACGUUUUCCCGACGAUUUAGAAUUGAACAGGCAAUUUUUAGAGCUGGUUAAUUACAUCUAUAGAGACGAAACCUUGAAGUCGUCAGAAUUGACAUCGAAGCUAGAACCUGCAUUUCUAUCUGGCUUAAGAUGCAUUCAGCCCCAGAUACGAGCAAAAUUCUUCGAAGUGUUCGAUGGAUCCAUGAGGAGACGACUUCACGACAGGCUUCUUUACAUUAUUUGCAGCCAAAGUUGGGACGCGAUAGGCCCUCACUAUUGGAUCAAGCAAUGCAUCGAAUUACUCCUCGUCACUGCUAAUUCUACUACUCAGAUACAGAUGUCCAAUCAGGAUACUUUGUUACCAAGUAUAACGUCUGUGAUAAAUAUGGCGGACAGCGAGGAGCACAAGAACUUUAUAAUAUAUAGCUCCAUAAAAGAAGAGCCUCAGGACAUUUCGGAAACAGCUGAUGUAAAAGACGAGAUUCUAGAUAUGGACUUGUCCAACAUAGAUUCAACCACUGUCCCAGAAGAAAUCAUCACUACUGGGAAGGCAACCUUAACGCAGUUAAUCGCCAAACAAGGAGAAUUUAUAGAGUAUGCUAAGAAGAUCAGAACGGAACAAUUGUUAUUGGCUACAGCUCAGCUUUGUCAUAUGGAUACGAAUUUAGCAGAGCGCGUUUGGCUAGAUACUUUCCCAAGAAUCUGGAGCAUUCUGGAUGAGCAUCAGCAUAACACCUUGAUAGCUGAAGUAGUGCCAUUUAUUUGUAGUGGUACUCACGUAAUUCAGAAAGAUUGUCACCCCAGUGCUAUAGCUACGUUUGUCGAGGCAAUUUCACAUUGUAAUCCUCCAGUACCUAUGAGACCUGCACUGAUGAAGUACCUGGGUAGAUCACAUAAUCUUUGGCAUAGGAUGACCCUAAGUUUAGAGCAAAUGGCAUUUGACAAUGGAAACAAUCAGUUCAAGAUUAAAAGAGAGUCAGACUGCUACGAUUUUGAACCUGACAAUAGUCCUCAUGCUGAGAUUCUGGAUUCACUAUCUGAUAUGUAUUCUUUGUUAUGUGAAGAAGAUAUGUGGUCAGGUCUCUGGCAGAAACAUGCCCAUUAUAAAGAAACUUUGCAAGCCACUGCACUAGAACAACAAGGGUUUUUUGAGCAAGCUCAAGGAGCUUAUGAUGUAGCAAUGACAAAAUUCAAACAGGACUAUGUAUCAACACCAGCUCCUUUUAAAAUACAACGAGAAGCGAUGCUCUGGGAACAGCAUUGGAUAAGGUGUGCAAAGGAGCUGAAUCAAUGGGACUUGUUAUUAGAUUAUGGUAGUAAAAAAGCAGAGAAAAAUCCUUUCUUAAUCUUGGAAAGCUCUUGGCGUAUUCCUAAUUGGACAAUGAUGAAGGAAGCUCUUGCUCAAGUGGAGCACAAUUGUCCAAAGGAAAUGGCUUGGAAGGUGAAUUUGUAUCGUGGUUUCUUGGCCAUAUGUAACAGCGAGGAUCAACACCUAAACGCAGUAGAACGAUACGUAGAACUGGCUUCCGGUUUAUGCAUGCGUGAAUGGCGUAGACUACCUCAUAUCGUAAGCCACGUACAUUUGCCAUUACUCCAAGCUGCUCAACAAAUUAUGGAACUUCAAGAGGCAAUGCAGAUUCACCAAGGAUUGUUACACGGAAGAAGCACAUCAUUGCACGAUAUGAAAGCCAUAGUGAAGACUUGGAGGAAUCGAUUGCCCGUGAUAGCUGAUGACUUGAGUCACUGGUCAGACAUCUUCACCUGGCGUCAACACCAUUACACAUUUAUCUCAAGCCAUUACGACUCGCAACAAGAUCAAACGACCAAUCACUCGAUGCUCGGUGUUCACGCUUCCGUCCAAGCAAUCAUUCACUUUGGCAAAAUAGCCAGGAAGCAUAAUCUCUGCGGCGUGUGUCUGGAUUCUUUGUCGAGGAUCUACACAAUACCUAGCGUCCCUAUCGUUGACUGUUUCCAGAAAAUUAGGCAGCAAGUAAAGUGUUACUUACAGAUGGCGUCAGUUAGCGGGAAGAAUGAGCUGCAAGAAGGUUUAGAGGUGAUCGAAUCGACGAACUUGCGAUACUUCACUAAGGAAAUGACCGCAGAAUUCUACGCUUUAAAAGGAAUGUUGUUAUCACAGAUAGGUAGAUCCGACGACGCGAAUAAAGCCUUCUCAGCCGCUGUUCAAUUGCACGAUACAUUAGUGAAAGCUUGGGCUUUAUGGGGUGAUUAUUUGGAGCACAUCUUCACCCGUGACGCGCGUCAGAUUUCCAUUGGAAUCUCUGCAAUCACUUGCUUCCUUCACGCCUGUAGGCAUCAAAAUGAAUCAAAGUCUAGAAAAUAUUUGGCAAAGGUUCUAUGGUUGCUCACUUAUGAUGAUGAUAAAUCCUCUCUGAUGGAAGCUGUAGACAAAUACGCUGUAGGAGUUCCUCCUAUUCAGUGGCUACCCUGGAUACCUCAGUUGCUGAUGUGCUUGGUCAGACACGAAGGAAAUGUCAUUCUAAAUCUACUAAGUCAAGUUGGAAGAAUGUUCCCACAAGCUGUAUAUUUCUCCAUCAGAACUUUAUAUCUCACACUAAAGAUCGAACAACGUGAAAGGUAUAAGAGCGCAGAGUUAGCUGCUGGAAAAAAUCAAGAAGGUGUGGAAGGUCGUGGAGCUGCGGGGAACGUACAGCAACAAGGUGUAUCUGAAACGGGACCAAUUCGAGCUACACCGCCUAUGUGGAGGUGCUCGAAGAUCAUGCAUAUGCAAAGAGAUAUUCAUCCUACUAUUUUGUCUAGCUUAGAAGGCAUUGUAGACCAAAUGGUCUGGUUUCGAGAAACUUGGUACGAAGAAGUUCUGAGGCAAUUAAGACAAGGUCUUGCUAAGUGUUAUGCGAUAGCAUUUGAAAAUCGUGGCGCUGUGAGUGAGGCAACCAUAACACCACACACGUUGAACUUCGUGAAAAAACUAGUCUCAACUUUUGGCAUAGGAAUUGAAAAUAUAUCCUCCUCUCAAAAUGUGAACAACACGUUCGGCUCGGCGGCUUCAGAGUCUCUAGCACGUAGAGCUCAGGCUACCGUCCAAGAUCCCGUUUUCCAGAAGAUGAAAGGUCAAUUCAAAAGCGACUUCGACUUCACUGUACCUGGGGCGAGAUUACUUCACAACCUAAUCAGCAAGCUGAAAAAGUGGAUCAAGAUUUUGGAAGGAAAGACAAAGCAAUUACCAAAGUCCUUUUUAAUCGAAGAGAAGUGUCGAUUUCUUAGCAACUUCAGUCUGAAAACUGCCGAAGUGGAACUUCCAGGCGAAUUCCUAUUACCCAAACACUCUCACUACUAUGUGAGGAUAGCCAGAUUCAUGCCAAGGGUUGAAGUUGUCCAACGACAUAAUACAGCAGCAAGAAGAUUACGUAUUCGUGGACAUAAUGGACGUUUAUACCCUUACUUGGUCGUCAACGAUGCCGGUUUGGGCGAUGCGAGACGUGAGGAACGCGUUUUACAGUUGCUGCGGAUGUUGAAUCACUAUCUGGCUAAACAAAAAGAAACCUCGAGAAGAUUUUUACAUUUCACUGUUCCUCGCGUGGUCGCAGUUUCGCCACAAAUGCGUCUAGUCGAGGAUAAUCCUGCAUCUGUCUCUUUGCUAGACAUUUACAAACAAGGCUGUGCGAAAUUAGGUAUAGAACAUGAUGCACCUAUAGCUAGGUAUUACGAUAGGUUGGCGACGGUACAAGCUAGAGGUGCACAAGCAAGUCACCAGGUUUUAAGAGACAUAUUGAAAGAGGUACAAACAACGAUGGUUGCUAAAACCAUGCUUAGAGAUUGGGCAGUAAAAACGUUUCCUGGUGCAACAGACUAUUGGACUUUCAGAAAGAUGUUUACUCUACAACUAUCUUUGACCUGUUUCGCGGAGUACGUGCUUCAUCUAACAAGGUUGAACCCGGAUAUGAUGUAUGUGCAUCAGGAUUCGGGUCUAAUCAACAUUGCUUACUUUAAGUUUGACGUUGAUGACACAUCCGGCGAGUUGGAUGCCAAUAGACCAGUUCCCUUCCGGCUGACACCAAAUAUUCUGGAAUUCCUUACGAGUACAGGUGUCUCUGGACCAUUAACUGCAAGUGCCAUUGCUACAGCUCGUUGUUUAGUACAACCAUCUUUUAAAGUGCAUACAAUUCUUCGUGCAAUUUUACGAGAUGAAGUAAUUGCAGAUCAUAAUAAAAAACAAGAAGAUGCUGAAAAUUCAUCGCAAACUCCAACAGAUAUGAAAGGUGAGCUUUUAAUAACAAUGGUCACUCGAGCAGUUAAUGCAAUCGUGGGAAGGCUGAAUUCCUUAGCCAAUUUUGAUGGAACUGAUAGUAAAGUCAGCACUCUCGUUGCUGCAGCUAACAGUCACGAUAAUCUGUGCAGAAUGGAUCCGUCUUGGCAUCCAUGGUUGUAA